AUGAUCGCGCAGGGAGUUGAUUGCAUUUCUGACAUUCCUGAGAAUCGUUUUGACGUCAAAGCUUGCUACGAUCCGAACCCAGAUGCUCCCGGGAAGAUGUACGUCCGGCAAGGAGGUUUUAUAGAGUAUAUGAACAUGUUCGAUAACCGCUUCUUCCAUAUAUCUGACGAAGAAGCAAAACAGAUGGAUCCUCGGCAACGCGUUGCUCUAGAGGUGGCACUUGAAGCUGCAGUCGAUGCCGGGUACACUCUGAAGGGCCUCGAAGGCCUUCCUGUGGGUGUGUUUGUUGGAGCAAUGAAUCAUGAAGAAGUAUUCAACGGCGAUUCCGCGGUUACUGCAUUUACUGCUACAUCCAACGCCGUAGCCGUCCUGGCGAACCGCAUUUCAUACUUCUACUCACUCACAGGCCAGAGUAUCUCGAUAGACACUGCAUGCUCUUCGUCCCUCGUCGCUCUUUGCUUGUCCCUUCCCUCCGUCUUGUCAUCUGAAAGCCCGGCACUUGUGAUGGGGGUGAACGCACUUCUCACGCCGACCUAUUUCAUUGAGACCUGCAAAGCGCGCAUGCUCAGCAUCGAUGGUCGCUGCAAGACCUUCGACGCAUCGGCCAACGGCUACGUCCGCAGCGAAGGAUGCGGAGCACUGCUUCUAAAGGCACUCCCACAAGCGCCAGUCUUACCGCACCCAACGGCCCUGCUCAACAAGCUGUAA